AUGGAGGCAGUCAGCACUGUCACUCCUUCCCGCGUGCCAAGGGCCCUGUGGGAACUCCGUACAAUGAUCGAAUGCACCAUUCCCGGCAGCUCACCGUACACCGAGUUCAAUGAUUAUGGAUGUUGGUGCGGGUUCGGAGGAUCCGGAACACCUGUGGACGGCGUGGACAAGUGCUGUCGAGCCCAUGACAAAUGUUAUGAUGCUUCUGCAAACAUCCCACACUGCCAUUCGCUUUUUAGCAAUUCAUAUAUCAAGUCCUACAACUACAAGUGCGAAGGGAAAAAUGUAAUCUGUGAAAGUGACAACAACGCCUGCCAAAUGCACGUCUGUGGGUGUGACAGAAACCUCGCAAUAUGCUUAUCAAAGGCAGUGUAUCACCCACAGUACAAGGACAUGAACAAGAAGCUGUAUUGCCAUUGA